AUGCCGCCCUCGCUGGUGAGCUUGCACCUUGGCAAUGAGCGUAGAUUCAGCUAUGAGCUUGUCGUUGGAUCGCUGCCUAACUCUCUGACAGAGUUAAGCUACUCACCAUCCUACUCACAACCCUGUGAUCCAAGUGUGUUGCCUAGAUCGCUCACAUCGAUCACACUGGGAUAUGGCGCCCUCAUACAAGGCGAGUACCCAACCUCGUUGCGCCAUCUGGUGUUUCAGUAUCACAACAACUUUGACCAAGACAUCAUCCCCAACAUCCCAUCACUUCGAUCACUGGUCUUAGUAUUGGACAAAGACAUCGCACUUGGAAUGAUACCAUCCACAAUAACUUCGUUGAAGCUGCCCAGAUUCAGAAUGGGCAUCGAAUCUCGCGCUCUUCCAAGCUCGCUCACAGAACUUGUGUUGGACGACACCUUUGAUUUGUCAAAGCUGCGCGCCGGUAUCCUGCCAGAGUCACUCAAGCGACUUAAACUUAAGGGCCCGCCCUUCAGCAGCAAGAGUGCGAGCAAGAUGGUGCUGCCAGGCGGCCUUACCCACCUCACAAUGGCUGGACUUGCACAGCUCGAGUAUGUGCCGGCGGCCGCCAAGGUGGCGCACGUCCGAGUUGGUCUCCAACUUGGAUCUGGAUUCAGGCCAGUGAUGAGUCCAUUGCUUGCUCCCAUUGGGACACUGUCACUUGCCGUGGACAAACACAGCAACAAUUUGUCUCUCCAAUAUGGUGAUGACGAACUCCCUUUGUCAAUGGAUCUGUGUGCUCAACUGAUCAAGCAUGCAAUUGAGUCGGUGCCCAAUGUUGACAGAUACACGGCAAGCCUUAAACACCCGCCUGCCAAAGCUCGAUGGUGUCUGGUGGAUGAGAAGCAUGCCAUUGCAUGCAUAACAUGCAAGGGAGUGACCUGUUUCAAGAGCUUGGCCUACAAAUAA